ACUAGCCUUCAUUCUCAGAAAAAAAAAGCACUCAACUCUACACUUGUACUCUCUACUACACACAUACACCAACAAUCUCUUUAAUGGAAGGAAUCGGGUCACGAACCGGCAGACCAUCAUCUCGGUACGGCUCAGCUCCGGUUUUCACUGGACCGGUUCGCCGUUGGCAAAAACAGUGGGUUCAUCUUUCUUCAUCAUCAUCUUCAUCACUUAUUUAUAACAAAAACAACUCAAACUCAAAUAACAAUAAUGUUUCUGCUAUACGUAUUCGCCGGUGGACUCCUGUUCCGGCACCGACUACCGAUACUGGCUCGCCGGAAGAACGACCUCGCCGGAAGCUACGUUAUGCUCCGAUUGUUGUGCUAGAAGGUAAGAAAAAGGAAGCUGAAAAGGAUGAGGAUGAUGUUAAAGAAGAAAGCAAGACAAAUCAAUCUCCCGCUCAAGAAAUUUCAGAAAAUGAGGAUGACCUUGUUGCAGCAAAAGCUCAGAAAUCAGAGAAGAGUGCAGUAACCAAAGACUUGAACGACCACCCUAUGGACUUGGAUACAGAUUCGAAAGACCAUGAUGAAGACCAUGAUUUAGGUGGUGCGGACAAAGUGGCUGACUGGGUGAAGGCUGCACAGAGGGGUUUCGCACGCUGAAGCUACAACCAUUAUCUUAUGAAUAUGUGAAAAAGAUGAAGUUAACCAUGAAGUUUGCAAUUUGUAGGUCUGUAUGCUUUUAGUGCAACCUUGACACAUGUAAUUAAUCGUUCCCUGUUGUGUAGAUAGUAUCUUAUCGGCGUUUUAGGUCUCAUAACCCUGUGUUCUUUGUCUCUGUCAUUAUGUUCAUGUGUAAUGGUGGAUAAUGCAGGGCUGGUUUUAGUCUUCCAUGAUCCAACUUACUUGAUCAUCAUCAACCAAACUUGUAGGUUUAUGCACUCAUGGUACAAUCCUCGACUCAUGUAAUUAGUUUU